CUCUCUUUAAUUUUUGUUAAGAUUGCACAGUGAUCACCAGCAAAGCUCAUGGAUUCAAGUACUAAGCGACCAAACAGUGCAAUGUCAAGCCUGGUCAAGAUGACUAAACUUCCAAGAAGAAGAGAACAGCUUCUUUAUCAGAUUGGAGUUUCCUGCAGCAUUCUCUUCCUGGUCUGGUGUAUGUGUAGUCUUCUGUCAAAAUUAGAACACGAGAAACAUGCUGGGGAGAAACCUUUACUGGACCUAAGGUGGUUGAAUAGGAAGUUAAUGGCAGCAGAGACAGAAAAUGAUACGCAAGUCACGAACUGCACACGACCAGCUAUCCACGAGUUUCCAGAUGAUCUUUUCACCAAUAAGGAGAGGCAGCAUGGAGCGAUACUGCUUCAUAUCACGGCAACUAUGUACAUGUUUUACGCACUGGCUAUAGUGUGCGAUGAUUUCUUUGUUCCGGCUUUAGAGAAAAUCUGUGAGCGGUUGCAUCUGAGUGAAGAUGUGGCCGGAGCCACUUUCAUGGCCGCUGGGAGUUCAGCACCGGAACUGUUUGCUUCGGUUAUAGGGGUUUUCAUAACACACGGAGAUGUAGGAGUUGGAACCAUUGUUGGCUCAGCAGUGUUCAACAUAUUGUGUAUCAUUGGGGUCUGUGGACUAUUUGCAGGACAAAUAGUACAGCUCACCCAGUGGUCUGUGUUUAGAGAUUCGUCCUACUACACGUUAGCGGUGAUUGCACUCAUUGUGAUUAUUUACGACGAAAAGAUUCAAUGAUUCAACACGAGCAUGAGGAACUAUUUCACAAACAAGCUGAAGAAGAACGGGAACGUAGCCAACGGCAAUGUGGUCGGCAAUGAAAUGGAGGACGGUAAUGGUAACUCUCCUGAUAUUUGUGAUGACCCGUCACUCCCAUUGCUGCCUCGAGUGGGAUGUUUGAACAAGGUGAAGUGGCUGAGUUCGUGGCCACUGCUCAUUCUGCUGUUCUUCACAAUCCCCAACUGCGCCAAGCCUCGCUGGGCGAACUGCUUCAUGUUGUCCUUCUUCAUGUCCACUUUUUGGAUUGCCAUCUUUUCUUACGUCAUGGUGUGGAUGGUGACUGUAAUAGGCUACACCCUGGGAAUUCCGGAUGUCAUCAUGGGAAUCACGUUCCUGGCAGCAGGAACCAGCGUUCCAGAUUGCAUGGCUAGUUUAAUCGUGGCCAGGCAAGGGAUGGGUGACAUGGCUGUGUCCAAUUCUGUCGGAAGUAACGUCUUUGACAUCCUCGUGGGCCUUGGCCUCCCGUGGGGGAUUCAGACAAUGAUUAUCCAGUCCGGAUCAGUGGUACAUAUAAACAGCAAGGGGCUUGUUUACUCAGUGAUCCUUCUGCUGGGAUCAGUGGCCCUCGCAGUGUUUGGUAUGUACAUGAAUGGAUGGAAACUGGACAAAAAACUGGGUAUUUAUGUGAUCUCGCUCUACUUCAUUUUCUUGUGUUUCUCGGUAAUGAUUGAGUUUAACGUUUUUACGUUUGUCAACUUGCCAAUGUGCAGAGGAGGUUCUUAAACACAUCAGGCAACCGGUUGGAGACCGUGAAGAACAGAACCUUCUUAGACUCCUC